GUCAGAACUUGCGCGACACGCGUGUUCGCAAGUUUGGUUCUUGGUUCGCGUCGCGUUUCUCGCCUUGAAUUUGACGGAGCCUUCGCGUCUACAUACGUGUCUUUGUCGUCGCCUGGUUCACGGCCUGCUUCCCCAAACCUGGUGCCGCUUGGAUCAAGAAAAUGGAAAACGUCGAGGAAAUGAUGAACAUGGAAUUAUACCACAUGUUAGAUGUUCAUCCAGAGGCUGAAUGGUCAAUUGUCAACCGGGCUUGUCUCAAGGCCAUCAAGUUAUAUCACCCGGACCGCCAUCAAAUGGACCAUGAGUUGCUUAGUCAAAGAACUGCUCUAACUCAGCACUUGAACUCCAUUAAAGACGUUUUGCAGCCAUCCCACAGAGAUAUUUACGACUGGCUCGGCUUUGAGUUGGUCAAGGAAAGCAAAGCAAAUGGAUAUGAAGUUCAAGACCGGGAAAUCAUUGAGAGCCUUAAAGCACGCCGUGAACCACCAGUAAAACAAUUUCAAUUUAAAAAACCUGAGCAAGUAGUGAACAUGCGUCUCAUGUUUACUACGAUGAAAGGGAUAUUUCUCUCUCCUAUUGGGAACGCAGAGGAAGGGCUAGAGGUUGUGAUGCAUGGUGUCAUAUGGAGUCCAGCCAUACGAACAGAACUAGAAAGUUUCCGGCACCGGUUGUUUCAGGUUCACCUGGCAAACACACCUUGGAAUCCAUCAAUGUCUGUGCCACAUGUAAUCUUUAAGAUGGUUGAUGGUUCCACUCUGAAUGAAAAAUUUGGAGCAGCUGAAGUUGAGGUAUUUCAUAAUAUUUAUGAAUUGCCUCGGCCUGAAUUGAAAGGCCGAACAAACAGUUGUCGUCUGGCAACUUUCUUGGACCCGAACAACUUUGUGGUUUACACGAAGCAAAUGUUCAACAUCCAUGAGAUCAUUCUUAUGCGCGCAAAGUCGCAUUUAGCAAGAAACUUCCCUUUUCAAAAGGCUAAUUGGUGGCACCUGAAUGACUUGGUUGUGGUUAUUAAGGAAGAUGGAGACGUCCAGCGUGGUCUUCUACUUUUAGUCGGAACUUCCAGCUGUGUCGUUUGCCUGGUGGACAUUGUUGAAGUGACGGAGGUGUCGUUGGAGAAUAUAUACUGUUUGCCCUGGUCGUACCUUGUGGCUCCAAGAGCUGUGUGGUGUUCUUUUCAAGUGAAAAUAAAUAACUGGGCCAGGAGCGACUCUGAAAAAUUCCAGCAAAAGUUCAGAGCUACCAAUGAAGUAACUUUCAUGCGGCAAAAUGACGCCCAAAAGUGGGUUGUCAAGAUGGUGUCUGAAGAAGAUUGGGACAACGACGCCAAAGACUAUUUAAUUAGGACAGGUCUAGUCAAUGAAGCUAAGAAGACUAAGGUUAGUCUCAACCAGGCGUUCAAAAAUGCCUACAAGAAGAAAGAAAAAGAUCCACAAAGAUUUUUGAAAGUUCAAUCUAAAGUUACUAAGAAGAGACUGCAGCGAAGGAAAAUUAAAAAGGAAAAACGUAGGGAUAAGGGUCUGCCACAAUCUUCAAUUCAAUAGCACCAGCGGCCUGCGUAUAUGUAAAUGCUCACAACUAAGGCACAACUCGGCUAUACUCUUCAAAUCAACUCACCUCACUUCGGGACAACGGAGAGCUGCGCUGUCCAACCCACUUUGGACACCUUGGACAAUAAGCGUACCUGAAUACACUGGCUUGCAGCUCUCAACAAAAUUUUAGACUCUGAAGCGUGCACAUGAUGGUGACGGGAGGAAAAUCCUCUGCAGACUUUUCCUGGUGAGCCAGGUUUGUCCGCGCGACUUUCGCCGGCCAAAACGGUGAAGGUGGUUUCGGUGAGGCCGUACGAGUGGCACAUUUGCGGUCUCAGCGGCAGGUUUUCGGCCUCUCUGCCAAGUUUCCCAACCUCAGCGACCUUCACCUGACCACCUUCCAAUUCUCCGAUGGACAUAUAAAAGCGCUGAGCGGGAGCUGCCCCAACCUGAGGACGAUCAGUUUGAUGGAGAAUCCUUACCUUACAGAGAAAGGACUGCGCUCGCUCGGAAAUUUGGCUCUGCUGCAGCAAUUAAAUUUGCUUCGGUGUUGAUUUGGAGGACGAAGAUGAACCAAGAAACGUUGUCGACCAUCAAAAAGCAUUUGAAUUGCUCCCCAAGCUCACAUCCAUCCUCCAAUGGGACUAUGGCGGUGACGGUCCUCAUUCUUCUUACGUGGCAAACUUGUCCAUCCCACAGAAUCCGCCACAGUCAUUCAUGUUGCAAGAGGUCGGGGUAAUAAUCAGUGGCCGUGUGCAAGACAUUACAAUUCAUCUUCGUGAACUGACGAGGAUGAUCUGCUGUGAUCUGCCCCCGGAGACCUAUACACACAACUACCCCUUUUGAAAUCGCUGCACGAGCUGCAAUUCCCCUAGGACUAUCUGACACUGGAACUGGUGGGCUCAAGACUGGUUGAAAUUGACGUUACAAACGUGGACUCUUCUGAAGAUUACGGCGUAAAUGUCGACUUGAGUAAAAUUUUGGUUUUGUGCCCUAACCUUGAAAAGCUGCAUCUCUGCGCUUACUUUUGUCAAGAAGGCCAGAAGCACCAUGUCGAUCCUUCCAGGUUGAAGCUGAAGGAUCUGCUGCUGGCAGCAGAUUGCCCCCCUGAUGACAACUAACACUGAAGAUGAUUCUGGUAUGAUCUUCUGGGAUCUGUUGUUGGCUCCAAACCUCCGAAAUGUCGGCCUUUUCUGCUUCCUCUUCACUGAGCCAAGGGCCCUCCUCGACUUGGCCUCGCCCUUCCUGCAGAGACUGACCUCCCUCAUGACCAAUUUCCACUUCAAGUGGCCCACCGAGGAGACCAAAGACAGAGAGUUCCCACAAGCCCUAGACACGCACAACGAGCUGCUCUCGGGGCUCAUCAGAAACUGCCCCCAUUUGGAAAGUGUUCAAUGUGAUAUUGGUCUGAGGGGAGACGAUGAACAGGACGAUCUUGAGUUUCUAUUGACAGAUGUGUCUCCAGAGUGGCGCCGAAUCCCCAAACGAAUGUAGGAUGUAAAAAAUUAUUACAGACAUUUUUUUCUGACAGCCAGAUCAUGCAUCACAUUUUCAAAUUAUAGAUUCUUCCAAUGUGUCUUUUCUGUCAUUUAUAUUUAUAAGGAAUUUAUUCUGGCAUUUGCAACUGCUCAAAACAAGUAAGGUUAAGGCUAAUAUAAAACAAAAUGAUUGACUGACUAUGCCAAUAUGUGCCUUUGUACCACGGACGCUUAUAAAAUGGUCUCUGAGCUUCCUCAUUAAAAAAGUACAAGUUUUGAACUUUUAAAGUUCCUUGUAUGCAUUUGUUUAAAUAGAUCAUAAAUAUAUAAAAAUCGGAUCUCGUCAUAUUUGUCAUCGCGGUCCAGUCAUAGAAUUAAAAAAAAUAAUAAUUUAAAUGGAAACAUUAAUUGUAUAUAAUUUUUUCAUAUACUGUUAUUAUGAGAGGUGGAUGAAAGUUUUAUCACAGAGAGAUGAACUAAUAAACACAAAUCA